AUGGCUACCAUGGCAUCGCACCGCUCGGCGUCGAUCCCGCACCACUCUGAAGCUGACACCGUCUCUGUUUCGUCCGAGCUCGACACCACGGCGACCACACAUCACCAUCGCCAACCGACCCUGUCCAACUUGCCUCGCAGUACCUCUGACGCCUCAACCCACCCGGACGACCAAUUUGACUCUCUCGUCGACCAUCACUAUCAUCACCACUUCCCAGACUACCACGACUACCACCACGACCACCGCCACCACUCCUCCAUCUCCCAGACGCAUCGCGACGCCCGCUACUCCGUUGCCGGCUCCUCUGCCUCCAAGACGUACUCUAACCGUCGUUCUCGCUUCAAUACCAUUGAGAGCAACGCCAGUGCUGCCACUAGCAUCUAUUCAUCUCCCUCUUCACACCCUCCUCGAACAUCUUCCCUUUCACAGUCCUCCUCGUCUGUACCUCCCCUCUUUGCAUCCACCGCUCGUGUCAGUGCCGGUCCCAUCAAGAGGAAACCAUUGUCCGCUACCGCCUCAUCCCUGGCGACUGCGUUUCAAAGAUCCUCGACCGCCUCAUCGACCGCCGCCAGCUCCGUCGUCGCACCGGACGUCCCUCCACUGCCUCACGGGGCCGUCCAUGCCGCCGCGACUUCAUCCGCCGCUCUCACCAGUACUUCUUCUGUAGUUGCACGCUCAGUCCAAUCUCACGACGGCUCGCAAGCGACGUCUCGUCCACCUACUGCCGUCUCGUCACACAUCGCCAGCCUGCCGGAGCCCGAUACGCGCUUUGCACGACCUCCCUCCGUCGACAGUCCCACCCUCUAUCAUUUCCCUUCCGCGACAUCGAUAGAACCUUUACCUGCAACCCACCAACACACCGACACACAGUCAUCCGCAUCAGAGACGCCCAGCAGUGUUUCUCGGCACGAAUCCCUACCAAACCACCCCAUCGAGGCUGGUGCCGACGACGACGAUCUUUCAGACGUUCUCUCCAUCUACGAAGGCGUCGAGUCAGAGCACACCCUGGAUGCUUCGCCCCCCGCUACUCACGCCAAUCCCAUAACGCGACACAACUCUUACACCGGCGGCGACCGGAAGCGUUCCGACCCAACAGCCACCGAUUCAUCGACUCUCAUGUUUGCGCCUAAACCGACGCCUCCCCACCUGAAAUUAGAAACUGUGGAUAGGUCAUCUUCGGUCGACUCAGAUCACAACCUAGAACUCGCUGAUUCACACCCGGACUCGCCGACUCCAGCGCCUAAACUUGACAAACCUUUACCAAAGUCUCCCGGUGGUCAGGUCUCGCCAUUUUCCACCCUCUUCAGCUGGGGCAGCGGUACGAACAACCCAGCAGGCGGCGACUUCUCACCUAUCCCAUCGCCCGAGACCCCUACUCGUCGUGGUGGACUAUUAGAUGAUUCCGCUCGCCCGCCGCCGUCCAGUUCGUUACAAAGGGACCAAAAGACUAAUGCUGCCGUCGCCAACCCACUCGGCUAUUGCGAAACACAACUAUCUACUCCGCCGCCUCUCGCCGCGUCCUCGUAUAUCCAUCUAGAAGAGAUGGAGGACGAGCUCAAGGCCAUCAGCUCCGAGUUGGCGGCCUCGAUCCGUCGAGAAAUCGAUCUGGAGGACCUGGUCGACCGCUUACAAGAACAGGCCAACAACGCCCAGGCUGGUGGCAAGCGCACCAGCGAUUAUUUUUCCGACUCGGGCUAUAGCUCUGCCAAGCUUAGCGACUAUGACCAAUCUCGCGAAGAGGUUGAAAAGAUACAACGUCGAUCCGAACAGGAAAAGGCAUCGAUACGACUGGAACUAACAAAUAAACUCCAAGAUGAGCGCCAAAAGAUCAAAUCUCUCGACCAGCAGGUCAAGGAGCUCGCCGAGCGAGCCUCUCGAAUCGACCUGGCCGAGAUGAACAACAUGGACGCUACGGGUCGCUUAAAGGAUCUCGAAAACACUUGCGAAGACCUUAGGAGGAAGCUUGUUGAAGAGCGCUCUUCCAAGACCAACUUCGAAGACUUGCUGACCGCCCUCAAAGGCGAGCUGAGUAGUGCCUGCAGCGAACGCGAUAAUCUGCGCGAUGAGGUCGUUCCUCAACUGCGCGCUCGCGUCGAGGGCCUUGAGGCGGAAGCCGCCAGCUACGCCAGCUUAACCUAUGAAUCUACAAAAAUGCAGCACCAACUGCAAUCCCUGCAAAAGGAAAACUCGUCCCUGCGCGACUCGGCUGCUGGCCUCGAGGAAAUUGCUUCUCGUGGUGGCCUAUCGAGAUCAGACUCCGUCUUCCGCAACCAGAAACCGCUCGUCUCACGGAGUGAUAGCGUUGCCAAUAAGAACGCCCCCGCCGAGUCCCGCGAGGCCCUCGCCGAGCGCCUCAAGGAUGUGGAAGCGCAGCGUGACGCUCUACACAACGCGCUAAAGAAUCUGCUGGAGCGUCAGGAGUUCCAGAACCGCGAAAAUCAAAAGAAGAUUAUUAUUCUUGAAAACGAGCGCAAGCGUCUGCUCUCCGACUCACCUCAAAAAGCCGGAUUCGAAAAGGAUAUCUCCAACCUUCGCACAGAAGUAAACGUCUUGCGCCGCCGCGCCGAGGAGGCAAUGGAGCAGAAGUGGCAGGUGGAAAAAGGCCUGGGUGGCCUGAAGAUGGACCUUGAUAGGGCCGAGGAAGAAGUCACCUCCCUACGCAGCAUGCUCAAAGAGAAAGAUAUUCUCACAGCGCGCACAGCGAGCUCCUCGGCUGCUGCCUCCGUGACUUCUGAAGAGCUUGAGAAUGCGUACAAGGCGCUGCAGGCCGAGUACAAUGAGUCGCUGGAGCGUAUCAAGAAGCUCGAGAACGGCCUGCCUGGCGACGAAAAGACCAAGCAAGCUCUCCAGCGGCUUGAGAGCUCGCUGAACGCGGCUCUCUCUGAGCGCGACAUUGCCCGCGGUGACGCCAGCGGCCUUCAGAGCCAGUACGACGAGUUGGCCAGCUCCUCGGCUUCGAGCAUUGACUCGGAGCGCGCGCUGGCUGACGAACUCGGCCAGUCGGUGGUGCGUGUUGAGCAGCUUGCCGCGCAGGUGCGCUCGCAACUCGCCACCAAUUUCGAGCUGCGCCAGCGUCUGAGUGACGCCGUAUCCCGCAGUGAGGCGGACCGCAAAGCUAAUUCUGAUCGCAUUGCCGGUCUUCAGGAGCGACUCCAUGGAUUGGAGGAACAGCUGGUAGCGGCCCAGACGUCGUCCGACGAGCGCGUUGCGCAUCACGAGGAGGAAGUCAGCAAGCUCAAGGAAGCCCACAACGAGCAGCUCCGCCGCCUCCAUGAGGGCGGCGGUGUUGGCAUCGUGGGCCCACGCAAGGGGUCUCUGCUGAACCCGGCCAACAGCAUGUUCAACCGGGCGGCAAACGCGCUCCCUCCCAAGAACCUGGAAGAAGAAGUUGAGAUUAAGAAGCUCCGUGCUCGCGUGGCGGAGCUGGAGAAGGCCCUCGCGGAUGCCGACAAUGAGAUGCAGGAGGUGAUCAAUAAGAUGAGCACUGCACAAAUUGAAGUGAUGAACCUGCAAGAGGAGCGCGAGGCUGCUGUGCGCGAGACGCGACGCCUGCAGGGCAUGCUGAAGCAGGAGCAGGCCAGUCCGUUUGCUGACCGCCUGAGAUCUCUCGCUGUUGGUGCUUAA